AUGGUGCACAUACCUCGUGUGAACCACCAACUCUGCAAAUGCUGCGAACUCCACAGUUCAGCUUCCCGUAACACGCGCGCUCAAGACAUCAUCCGGCUCCUGGGUUACUGGGAGAGUUCCCUCAACCUUCGUUUCUCAGCGUCUCACAUCGCCGGAUCCGACAACGCACGCGCAGAUGCUGGAUCGCGCAUCGCCGCACACCCGUCUUAUGCUACUCACUUCGGAGGGCUAACUCGUGGUAUCUCCGAUGAUUGUCGUCGACGAUCUUUCGACACUCUGGUGCAAUAUCUUCGCGUGCAUUCCGUUGUCGACUCCAUCUUCACCAAGUACUCUGGAGCGACGAAUAAAUGGACGACAAAGAAGGAACGCUUCGAGGAGCAGAGUUGGGACUCACUGAAGUCGAUUCCCUACUACGAGAUUCUGCGAAAGCACAGAGAUGUGCUUCCGGACGAGAUCCCUGCGGAGUUCCUGCAGGACAAGGGAAUACAGCACGAGAUUGAUCUCGUGCCGGGGGCGAAGUAUUGUGUGACGCUGCAGUGGCCACUGGCUGCACCAACGUUCUGUGUCAAGAAGCCACAGGGUGGUUGGCACAUCGUUCAUGCGUACAAUAAGAUGAACGAUGCGACGAUACCGGCACAGACGAUACCUCAAAAAGACGCCAUCCUCGAUUCGAUGUCCAAGAGCACCAUCUACAGUGCUCUUGAUCUAAGAGACGGCCGGGCUGUGGACAAGAAGACGGGAAUCGAGAUACAUAAGGAGCAUCUCCGAGAACUGCUUGGGCUCAUGCGCAAGCACAAGCUCUAUGGGAACCUGAAGAAGUGCAUCUUCGUGAUCAAUGAAUGGCCUAUGCCAUCCAACGUGAAGGACCUGCGGCAGUUUCGUGGCUUUGCCACGUACUUGUGCAAAUACGUGGACAACUACGCAGGCAAGAUCCGCCUGCUGUCGCAGCUUCUGAAGAAGGAAGCUGCGUGGGAAUGGACUGCUGAGUGUCAGCAGGCGUUCGUUGCAGUCAAGCUGGGCUUGACUGAGGCGCCGGCCACGAUCGAGUUGUCUACUAUCAGUCGCGUCGACUAA